AUGAUUUCCUUCACCUUCUAUAAUCCAAAUCUAUUAGUAAAAGAUUUUAUACUUUAAUUUUCUAAAAACUUUAUCACAUAUAAUUCAUAACUCUCAGUAUUACAAUUAAAUCAACAUUAACACUCAAAUUUAGAUUUACCUAAUCAAAGAGGAAUCUUCCAAAUCUAUUUAGAUCAUUUACAAUCUGAGCUUUUAGAGGAUUCAAAGUUUUAAGGAAAAAAAUUCAAAAGGCUCUUUUUUGUAUUUUAUACAACUACUAUUAUUGAUUUCACCUAAAAGAAUCUGUAAUUCAAACUUGUCUAACACUAUUACAAAAGAGUUUAAAAUAAUCAGAAUAAUAUAAAAUAUUAUUUUUGGCAUAAAUUCUUAAAUAUUAAACAGAGUAUAUUUUAUACAAAGAAAUAACGACAGAAGGAUUGA